AGCAGAGGAAGGCAAGUCCAUCUGGGAGCUGGUAGUAGAGCAGUUUGAGGACCUGCUGGUGCGAAUCCUGCUGCUGGCGGCCUGCAUCUCCUUUGUGCUGGCCUGGUUUGAGGAAGGCGAGGAGACGGUCACUGCAUUCGUGGAGCCAUUUGUCAUUCUCCUGAUCCUCAUCGCCAAUGCCAUCGUAGGAGUCUGGCAGGAGAGGAACGCUGAAAACGCCAUCGAGGCCCUGAAGGAGUAUGAACCCGAGAUGGGCAAGGUGUACCGCGCAGACAGGAAGUCUGUGCAGAGAAUCAAGGCCCGGGAUAUGGUCCCCGGCGACAUCGCCGAGGUGGCUGUGGGUGACAAGGUGCCAGCUGACAUCCGGAUCAUCUCCAUCAAAUCCACCACCCUGCGUGUGGACCAGUCCAUCCUGACAGGUGAGUCUGUCUCGGUUAUCAAGCACACGGACCCUGUCCCAGACCCUCGUGCUGUCAACCAGGACAAGAAGAACAUGCUCUUCUCGGGCACCAAUGUGGCAGCUGGCAAGGCUGUGGGCAUCGUCAUUGCCACAGGGGUGGGCACCGAGAUCGGGAAGAUCCGGGAUGAGAUGGCAGCCACGGAGCAGGAGAAGACGCCCCUGCAGCAGAAGCUGGAUGAGUUCGGGGAGCAGCUCUCCAAGGUCAUCUCGCUCAUCUGCGUGGCUGUCUGGCUCAUCAAUAUCGGCCACUUCAAUGACCCCGUCCAUGGCGGCUCCUGGAUCCGUGGUGCCAUCUACUACUUCAAGAUCGCCGUGGCCCUGGCUGUGGCCGCCAUUCCUGAAGGUCUCCCUGCGGUCAUUACCACCUGCCUAGCCCUGGGCACCCGCCGCAUGGCCAAGAAGAACGCCAUUGUCCGGAGCCUACCAUCCGUGGAGACGCUGGGCUGCACCUCAGUCAUCUGCUCUGACAAGACUGGCACCCUCACUACCAACCAGAUGUCUGUGUGCAAGAUGUUUGUAGUUGAGAAGGUGGAGGGAGAUGUCUGUUCCCUGAAUGAGUUGAGCAUCACCGGAUCCACCUACGCCCCUGAGGGAGAAGUGCUGAAGAAUGACAAGCAUGUGAAGGCUGGGCAGUACGAUGGGUUAGUUGAACUGGCCACUAUCUGUGCCCUCUGCAAUGACUCCUCCCUGGAUUACAAUGAGGCCAAGGGUGCCUAUGAGAAGGUGGGGGAAGCCACCGAGACGGCUCUGACCUGCCUGGUGGAGAAGAUGAAUGUUUUCAACACAGAUGUGCGGAGUCUGUCCAAGGUGGAGCGUGCCAAUGCCUGCAACUCUGUGAUUAAGCAGCUGAUGAAGAAGGAGUUCACCCUGGAGUUCUCCCGUGACAGGAAGUCCAUGUCUGUGUACUGUACCCCUGCCAAGGCCUCCCGCACAGCUGUCAGCAACAAGAUGUUCAUCAAGGGUGCCCCUGAGGGGGUUAUUGACCGCUGUAACUAUGUCCGAGUGGGCACUACCCGUGUCCCCCUCACGCCCUUGGUGAAAGACAAGAUCUUGACCGUCAUCAAGGAGUGGGGGACGGGGCGGGACACACUGCGCUGCCUGGCCCUGGCCACGCGCGACACCCCCCCAAGGAGAGAGGACAUGGUGCUGGAGGACUCCACCAAGUUUGUUGAGUAUGAGGUGGACCUGACCUUUGUGGGCUGUGUGGGGAUGUUGGACCCACCCCGGAAGGAGGUGAUGGGCUCCAUCCAGUUGUGCCGUGACGCCGGCAUCCGCGUCAUCAUGAUCACGGGGGACAACAAGGGCACGGCCAUCGCCAUCUGCCGCCGCAUCGGGAUCUUCACCGAGGAGGAGGAGGUGAUGGGCAGGGCUUACACAGGCCGCGAGUUCGAUGACCUGCCCCCUGCCGAGCAGCGCGAGGCCUGCAAGCGGGCCUGCUGCUUCGCCCGUGUUGAACCCACCCACAAGUCCAAGAUCGUGGAGUUCCUGCAGUCCUUUGACGAGAUCACAGCCAUGACAGGUGAUGGGGUGAAUGAUGCCCCUGCGCUGAAGAAGGCCGAGAUCGGCAUCGCCAUGGGCUCUGGCACAGCCGUGGCCAAGACGGCCUCCGAGAUGGUCCUGGCUGACGACAACUUCUCCACCAUCGUGUCUGCCGUGGAGGAGGGCAGGGCCAUCUACAACAACAUGAAGCAGUUCAUCCGCUACCUCAUUUCCUCCAACGUGGGUGAAGUCGUAUGUAUCUUCCUCACAGCUGCUCUGGGCCUUCCAGAAGCCUUGAUCCCCGUGCAGCUGCUGUGGGUGAACCUGGUGACUGAUGGGCUCCCGGCCACUGCCCUGGGCUUCAACCCCCCGGACCUGGACAUCAUGGACAAGCCGCCCCGCAGCCCCAAGGAACCCCUCAUCAGCGGCUGGCUCUUCUUCCGCUACAUGACCAUUGGAGGCUAUGUCGGAGCUGCCACGGUGGGUGCUGCUGCCUGGUGGUUCCUCUAUGCAGAGGAUGGUCCUGGCGUCUCCUAUCACCAGCUGUCCCAUUUCAUGCAGUGCACGGAGGAAAACGUGAACUUUGAGGGGCUGGACUGCGAGGUGUUCGAGUCACCUGUGCCUAUGACUAUGGCCCUGUCUGUGCUGGUCACCAUCGAGAUGUGCAACGCCCUCAACAGCCUGUCUGAGAACCAGUCCCUGGUGCGCAUGCCACCCUGGGUGAACAUCUGGCUGCUGAGCUCCAUCUGCCUCUCCAUGUCCCUGCACUUCCUCAUCCUCUAUGUCGACCCCCUGCCCAUGAUCUUCAAACUGACACCGCUGGACCUGACCCACUGGCUUGUGGUGCUGAAGUUCUCGUUCCCUGUCAUCCUCCUGGAUGAGGUGCUGAAAUUUGUUGCCCGGGACUACCUGGAAGUGGGUAUAGAAGACCCGAAGAGGAGGAAGAAGUGACACCUCUGGCCACUAGAGAAACUGCAUCUUCACCCCCAACAGUGAAGAACCCCUCGGUGCCCCCUCGCCUCCCCACAAGCCUCGGCCACCCCCCUCUUAUUUAACAGCUGCUCCCCUCCACCAAAGGCUGCAAGCAGCCCUCCUUCUCCUCCCCCAGCCGGGUGGGGGGGACAUCAUGGGGGUUUGCCCGCUGUGUUUGGAGAAUGGGGAGAAGCUCCCCCUUGCAAACUGCCUGCCCUCCUCCCGGCGUUCUAGCUACUUUGCUUCUGUACAUUUUGAGCUGCUAGUCUGUCCUAGUGGCCCCUGCCCAUCCCGCCUCCCCCCAUCAAGCCCUUUUUCUUGCUGGGCACCCAGCCCGUUCGCUGUGUUACCAGCUCACACCCAGUGACCUCCUCACUCACCGGGUGGGUUUUUUUUUUAA